GCUUUGAGUCCUGCAGGGGUCUGCACUCUCCGAGACCGACACAGUCGGCAUAUAGAAUAUAAACCUCUCAAAAGUCUAUAGUAGAGCUAAAGAAGAAGACAAUCAACCAAGGGUCAUCCAUCUGAAACUGUAAUUGGCUCACUAAUAAUCCCAGGACAAAGUUAGAGACCACAGCUCAAGCCUAAGCCUCCCUUUUCUAAGACCUCUACAGAGAUGUUUUAUAUAAAGUCUUGGGCUGAGUAUGUUGUGGAAUGGGCUGCAAAGGACCCAUAUAGCUUCCUUACAACAGUUAUUUUGGCCCUUACGCCAUUGUUUCUAGCAAGAGCUGUACUGUCCUGGAAAUUGGCCAAGAUGAUUGAGGCCAGGGAAAAGGAGCAAAAGAAAAAACAAAAACGUCAAGAAAAUAUUGCAAAAGCUAAACGACUAAAAAAGGAUUGA